GCGAUCAAUCUUUUGAGCGUCACAGAUACUUGAUAGUCGUAAUCAUCAUAAGUUUUCGUUGGUACGUUACUGAGACGCGACGGUAUCCAAGCAACCUUUACGUUAACUCACCUGUGCUAAAGUCUUCAGUGCGCGUCCCACCCUCUAGAGGUGUGUUUCACUGUCGUGAUUCACGAGAUAUCGAAAUCGUGAUUGGAACAAUGCUUGAUAAAAUUAUAUUUUGACUCGCGAAAACUCGCGCGCUGCUCAAGACGCAAAACAAAUUUCGCCUCGGUUACGUGAUUCCUUGAUACAGUGAGUAAUAAAAGCCGCAUAUAGACGCAAGAUUAUAUAUUAGACAGCAGAGAGCCCGUUGAUUUCUAAUUUCUACAUCAUUUCACGUUUUGCGUUGAUCAUAGUUACGAUCUCUGCUCGUUAAAUUUGUACGACUGCUCGAACCAUUGAGAUUUGAUGACAGAUUAAGACAAGCGAGUAAAGCGAUUGAGAUAAUGUUGUUGGUGCGAAUAAUUGAAAAAUAUCGAAAAGAAUUAAACGGACAGAAAAUAGCAGAUUUGUCUCGCGUGUGUUCGCGGCAGCUAAACAAGCAAGAUAUAUCUACAAGGUAUAUUUUUCAAAUCGACAUUAUUCGCGAAGCACUAGACGCGCGUGCGCACGCUCGCGCGUUCCCGCACAUUUUAAAUCCCUCGGAAAGUCGAAUCGAGAGAGCGAUCUCGACACGAAGCUGCGUCGCAUUUUCUUCAAAAAUCGUCACUCUCUUUGCUUCGACGAAAACAGCCAUACAUUUAGCCGUGACGGAUUUGGACUUAUCGAGCGUUUACAUCGAUUAUAUCAUAACUUUAUUCGGAAUUUGCAAACGAUACAAGCACGUGAUAUCGAGGCGAGGGAACGUAAGUAACUUACCCGGGAACAGGGAGAUACCGGCAUGAAAUAUUAACGAUUCAACCUAACAUCAUCGCGGGUACACACCGCGAAGGCCUCGAGAGAAGCCUAUUAGAGGAAUUAUUAACGGGGCAAUAACGAUCGAUGUGCGGCACGUUGAAUCAACGAAAUAACGAUUUUCAGUCAUCGCCGCCUUACGGCACACGUGCGCAUGAGUUUGGCGAGUUGCGGCGUGUACACGAACAGCAAGGCCACGAAUUGCGCACGAAAUAUAACGUUUCUUCUUCACGUUCUUGCGCUUCGAUCCUUUCUGCGACAUUGUUGUUAUUACGACUCGGACGUGGCCCUCUCUCCCUCUCCCUGUCUCUCUUUCUCUACCACUAAAGCGAUAAUUCCGCGGGGCAUCGCGAGCCGCGGGCAAUAUUACGGCGGAUCUAUGUAGGAUAGGGUAAUUUGAAUUUUCUCCGAAUUGUUCAUCGGUGAAAUACCGUUGGCGAGCAUCGGUCACUCCUAGUGCACUGUCAGCAUAUUCGCGGAUACGGUUAAUUAGGAUGGUUAAGGUGACCUACCGCGUCUAGAGAUUGGGGAAGAUUAGGAUUUGACACGUGGCGACCUUGCCGCGAUAUUAGUCAUUAUGAUUCUUUAUAGGUGGCCGUGUGUUUUGACCGUUGGUUUCUAUGGUAGCGAGUGACCUGGUCAGUAGCCAGCACGUGGUCAGUACGUAGUCGAGUUUGGAUUCAGAGGCGAAAAUUUGGGUCGCCGGGGCGCACUGAAACGCACUGUCGCGUUCAGGUAGACGGCGAUAGUACUUGAAUGGCUACCGAAAUGGCUCAAUGUCGUAGAAAAAUGUCGAACCGCAGAUGAGAUGAGUAAUAAAGACAAUGCAGAAACGAUGCGUCCUGUAUCUAUCCAGAGUGACGAAGAUUCGGACUGAAUUUCACGGAAGCGUAAAAUUGAGACAUUGGAGUAAAAGCGCUGAACGAACGUGCAGAGGGCUCGGGUCAUACUUUUCGACGCGAUGCGUUCGAUCCGUCGAGGAGGAGAAGGAGAAACGGAAGGAGAAGGAGAAGGAGGAGGAAGAGAAGAAGCAGCAGAAGAAGAAAGAUGCUUUCACGCGUGGUCCGAGUAGCCGCGUGUGCCAUAGUCGGGUAUGGACACUAAGACCCCACCGAUCCCGUUGAAGCUGCCGCAGGAGAAGCCUCAACCAAAGCGAGCGGAACGUGUGGCCGAUGUGUGGUCUCUGCCGCCUCUGACAGUCAACCCGCAGCCGCAGCCGCAGCCACAAGCGAAAUCAAAUAUCAAAAACAAGUCACUCGGUACGUCGUACUGGCCGCAGCAGGACGAGCCACCUUGCCACCUGACGCAGCAUCGAGACCGCCGCAAGGAUCGUUGCAGACCUUACAGGUACAAAAGGUAUCGCCUUCCGCGGUCGCCCUCCCCUCCCCCCUCUGUAAGGCGCUUCAAUCGGGAGAGAUCAAGUGCGUAUUUCAGAGUGUUACACCUCGGCGCUACGCCUCUGAUGCACGCCUGUCAACAAGGCAACAGGCCGAGGGUUUUGCGAUUGUUGAAGGAGCAAGAGGCGACGAUCGGUUAUAGGGAUCGCACGUUGAGGAACGCUCUUCAUUAUUGCAUGGACGCGGCGACCGGCGGUGCCGUUGCCGCUGCGGCACCGGAACUGGUAAAUGCCCCCGAUGCUGAGGGUCAUACGCCGCUUCAUCUGGCAGUCAUCGCAGGCGAUAGCCAACUGGUCGCGGUCCUGCUGGCGAACGGUGCCGACGUAAACGCCAAGGAUCUGGAGGGACAUAGCGUCCUUCACUGGGCUACCGUUUGCGGAGAAGCGGAAUGCGUGCGAUUGGUCUUGGCGGCCGGCGCGCGACCUUCCACUGGCGACUUACGCGGAGGAUCUCCACUGCAUUACGCCGCACAGUGUUGCGGCGCGGCCGCUACGGCCGAGCUCGCAGUUCCAAGGAAGGUCGGCCUGAAGGUCCUUCAGACGCUCUUGGAAUUCGGCGCGGACGUGAACGCAAAGGACGAAGAUGGGCGACAGCCGAUCCUGUGGGCGGCGAGCGCCGGUAGCGUGGAGGCUGUAUUGGCUCUGGCGAGGGCCGGCGGAACGGCGGCGGCAGGCACCUCGGACAAGGACGGCUUGACGGCGCUUCAUUGCGCCGCUUCAAGAGGUCACGCGAGAUGCGUGGAGGCGUUGGUGAAUUUAUGCGGAUCUCAGCCUGAUCACGUGGACGAUAACGGCUGCUCCGCGUUACACUACGCCGCUACUUUGGGUCAUGCCGACGCCACCGCUCUUAUUCUUAAGCUUGGGGCGGACCCGAACCGGCAGGAUCGAAAGGGUAGAACACCGGCGCUUUGCGCCGCGGCGAAGGGUCAGUUGGAGACCUUGAAGAUUCUGGCUCAGCACGGCGGCUCGCUUCACGUUAGGACCGUGCGAGGCACGGGGGUAGGACACGAAGCCGUGGCAUCUGGCAGAAUCGAGCUGGUCAAGUGGCUGGCGAAAAAGAGACCGAGCAUGCUGGAUGUCGCCACGCAGGACGGCAAGACUCCUCUUCACGUCGCGGCCUUGCACGGUCACUUGGACGUGUGCAAGCUCCUGCUGGACCGCGGCGCGAGGAUCAACGCCGUUCUGCGGACCAGCAAGGGCAGCUCGAUGACCCCGUUGGACGCAGCUCUCUACAGGGGCCACCGGGAUUGCGCGAAACUCAUUCAGAUGCACGGCGGUACCACGGCACAACAGCUCGGUGUGCGCAAGGUCGCGCGACCGAACAGAGUUUUUACAGCGAAAUUUCGGCCGAAACGUGCCGAGAGUAGCACCGCGAGCGAGAGUAGCAGUCCUCCUCGUGGAACGAGCCACAUACGACGAGGGCACGCACAUCCCGAGCUCUAUUACGAAGAACGCUGGAUAGAGAGAAGAACGCGCCGUAAGACCGGUGGUAAUCUAAGAAAGCUCGUCGCUCGUCGGGACAGCCGAAGUUUCAGCGAGGAGGAGAUACGACUGUCAAAAACGUCCUCGAGGAUGGACCAGAAAAGAGCCCGCAGCGAAUCCGCUCGAUAUGACAAUAAUGGCUACGGCGAGCGCAACCGACGAGAGCGAAGCAAAGGGAGACCGACGAGGCAUAAACACGAAUAUUCAGAUUCAUCCGUCGAAUCGAACUAUUCGGGCCGCGACUAUCUUUACGGUGACGAUGAAAAUCACACGAGAACGAAAGGCACGCGACGAUAUCACGCGAAGAAACGGCCGGGGCACGAGACGAAUAAAGGCUCUAACGAAACGGAAACUAAAGAUAACUCGAAGAAGAAGGAGGAACAAAAGGAGGAUGGCGACAACGAUGACGACGACGACGACGACGACGACGACGACGACGGCGAUGAUGACGACGAUGACGACGACGACGACGACGACAAACACAGUGUGGUCAGCGAUGACAGUUUAGAAGUGAUCGUGGUGAAGAAAUCGCUGGAAAAAACAUGCGAAAAGGUCGUAUCCGAAAGAAGAUCCAAGACUCCUGGAGAGAGCACGAAGGAGACGAAACUGACGAAAAUGCACAAACGUAGCUCCAAGAGAAUGUCCAGAUCCAGCAAACAGACGAAAAUGUCCGACAAUGAGAGAAAUACGACGAAGCGCGACGAGUCGCCGAACAAGGAAGAAAAGAAUGUAGAAGAGCUGCUUGGCCACAUUCAUCGGAGAACGUCGGACAAAUCGGCCAAGGAAGAUGAAGAUAAAUAUGACGGAAUUGAAUCCCGAAUAAUGGAAUCCCGAUACGGAAUCGACGGGACGGAUAGCACUAGUCAAGAAACUGUCGAACGAGUGACCGUGACGGCGAUGAUUCACAAAGAUUCACAAAUACCCGAUACUCCCAAAUCGAUGUUGGAGACGUUUCCGUUAAGCAAGACAGAUAUUGGCUCGUCCGGCCCUUCGUUUCCGAAAAAGGACCCCUCGCAGGAGUCCUCGUGUGAGGAUAAGAGCGGGAAGGUCGAUGUAACAGUAUUUACCAAGCUGGAGAGCAGCCUGAAGGCCAAGGAAGUAGACGAUAAGAGAGAAGAAGGUUGCUCGGAUGCGUUCGAGGAGAGUAUGCAAGGAGAGAAACAAGAAAUAACCACGAGAGAGAAUGAGCCUGCGCCUGACAAAUCUUCCAACUUGAGCAUCGAUGUCGUCGAAUCCGAAUCUGCUAGAAAUCUCAUCGCCGAGGAUAGAGAGAAAGUUGAAGGAAAGCUUGUGUUCACAGAAGAGGAAAAAGAUUCUCCUCCAGAACAUCCCACGUGCAUAACCACCGUGGAACAAGCAGUAGAAUAUAGCACGAGUCUGGGUGAUGAGAAUGGAAGGUCAAUCACUGCCGAAAAUGUUCAACCAGACAAAGAAGUGAUAUCGUCGAAACAUUCUGAAGAUGCAGGCGAAACUCAAGAUAUUCAUGAAGUGAAAGUAAUUCCCGAACAGACCAAACAGGCCGAGUCUUUCGAUCUGAUUGAAAAUCCGGAUCCUGUUGGAUCCGGAUCGGCAGACUCGAAUGACACGGUGACUUUGAGGACAGUGCGAGAGGACAAAAAGAAGAGGGCCGAGUCGUUUGCGCUUAUCGACCAACCACCACUGACAAACGACGGUACAAAGGACUUCGACACGUCAUUGUCCUUAUCGAAGUCGGACGAAGCAUCUUCCUCUCCGGAAAGACUUGCGCCUCGCAGUCGCAAGAAAUCGGACGAUGAACGAGCGACAGUUGAAAUAGGAGGCAAAGAUUCCCAUCACGACAUCGAUGACAAUUACUCUCCGAGGCCUUCAAAGCCGACCAAGUCUCGACGUUCGAGGCCAUCCACAGGAAGAAGCGCGAGGACGAGGGAAAGCUGUUCCUCGAAGUCGCCGACAAAGACGAAGAAACACUCAUUCGAGAGCUCGGAGGAACAUUCCCCAGAUCGAAGCGCGAUUAUCGCCGUGAUAGACAGCCCAGCAUGGGAUGAAGACGAAGCGGCCGAGAAGGAAGAAAACAGGGAGAUUCCCGGCAAGGAUUUGGAACAAGAAGACAAUGAAAGCGGUGUCGCGCAAAUCUUGCCAGGCACGAGCGAGAAAGAGCCAGCACGAGCACUAGCACCCAGCACAGGCUUGACUGUAUCUAGGCCUUCUGGGCUCGAUUCUUUGCCUCGGGUGCCAUCGGCAACUAGCAAUCGCUUAGUUAGAAUCGAGAAUUCGGAUGAGGGCGACCGAGAGCGACCGUGGAGGAAGCAACGUCGCGACAGCGGAGGCAGAGACAGCGGGAUAGAACCGAGUCCCAGAGUAUCGAGAAUUCCACGAAGGAGGAACGCACGAUGUUGCCCAAACACGGCGAAACAGCAAGCCCUCCAUAUGGAGACGAUCACCAGGGAUGUGCAAAUUAGCUUGCGGCGUUACCAUCUCGAGAGGAAGAUCUUCUUCCAGCUGAUGGAACUCAAGAGGUUGCAGAUUCGUCAUGGUCGAGCGAACGAACACGUCUUGGUAAAGAGGCAGGUGGAUGCCUUUCAUAAAUCGGGUAUGACCGGACCCACCCUUGGCGUCGUCAAGUACGAUCGACCGUUAACGUUCAGACAAUUCGAGGGGUUCCUGUACGAGCAAUUGAGAAGACUUCAAGGAAAGCCGACCACUCCAGAUUUUUGUACCGAAGCUAGACAAUGCACGCAGAAAACUCAUCGUUGCCAUCACGCGACCAGCGCAUACACUUCCGUUCCAGUGUACACAUAUCAUUAUAAUUGCAGUGGCUGGAGGCGUCCCAGAUCGGACGGAUCAUCUCCCGAAAAUAGAGAGCCGCGGCAGAGGACACAUGACGGUAGAAGUAACGCAUGGAGAGGAAAAACAAGUGAUUGCGCUUCCAACUGAGAGAUUGGAUCGCACCAAAAGAUACUUCGUCACAUUCACCGUGAAAGGCGAAACUCGAGAUAUCGAAAAGCUUGGGUCAGUCUGUACGCAGCGAAGAAACGCAAAGAGCGUGUAAUCAGUUGCGUGACGUAGAGAUGUGCCUUAGUAUAUGGCCUUAGCCUGAUGGCAGUCAGGUAGAUUCGAUUGUUCAAUCAAAGGUUGCACGAGCACUCGCUGAUAUACGACGAGAAAACAUCUAUCUAUAUCAUCCUGAACCAAAUGUAACAGUAUUUUGUGUGUCUAUUGAAUUUUUUCUCACUUUGCUUCCCCUCUCUCUCUCUCUCUCUCUCUCUCUCUCUCUCUCUCUCUCUCUCUCUCCCUUCCUUCUUCCCCAAGAAGCAGCUACAUGUUAAUCAUUUGAAAGGAAUACAAUCCCAAGAGUAGCACAGCAUUUUUCCUUCAGCGUGUCCAUAAUAUAGAAAGAAGAGAUUCCAAUUGUACCUUUUCGUAAUGUUUCGUACCAUAUUGUAUAAAUAUUGUAUCUAUUGUACGUGCGCGCAAGAAAGAUAGAUGCCAAUUUGCGCACAAAAUUGUUCCGAGAGACAUGUCAAGACUUCCGAAGGGAAACAAAACAUCAUAUAUCGAGCGGUUUGAGAGGUAAAAUGUCCACGAGAAAAUAAUUUGGCAUCUUGAUCGUAUGCACAUGUGUUAUAAGAGUUUGUAACGCAAUAACAGUCAUUGUUAUAAACAGCCCUCGUAGACGAAUCGGUUACAAAAGACGGAGCAAUGUUUGACUGAGGUGAGUCUUUGUUCCGAAUGCCGCGGAUAUGUAACAUUAUAGGACAGAUUUCUUGGCGGAAUAUGUAAACUUGAGCUUGAUGGAAUAUACAUACCCGAUUCAUACAUGUGUUAUCCGUGUAAUCAGGUAUACGCACAAUGAUAUUUUACAUAGAAAAAUAAAUGAACUUCAAUGUCGACCGUAAUUUAACAAGUGUGUUUCAUAAAUAAUGCAUCUUCAUUCUCGCAUCCUCGAAAGCUGGACACUAACCCUCUCUGUACAAUAACGGCUCGUGCGUUCCACAAUUCCAUAAAUUUAUGGAGGAUAUCAAUUUGUGCAAAUCCGUCUACAACAUUUUACCGAUGCGUUUCGUUGCGAGACCGUGGUGUGAAAG